AUGUCAUUGAAAUGUACCGAUCGAUCGAUUGCUGUGGCGAACGCUAGAUCGCCAACCCCGGUUUUAGGCCAUGUUCGUCAUACGGCUCGACCUGUUUCGCAAUUCGCUCAUAGCAUCACCAGGCUCGCGCAUCUGCCUCCGUCAGUCACCAUAAAAACUGAACCUCUAGCUCAGACAUACUCGCAAUUGGCCGCAGACGUCGACUAUCCGCUCAACCUGGAAGACGUGGCGAUGGCACCAAAGGCAAUUGAGACCGAUGCCAAACCAGCCGAUAUUCUCAAUGGCGAUAUAAACCUCCCUGCUGGCCAGGCUGAGGUGUCACUGGAUCCAGAAUCGGACGAGGAUGUCCCGGUUGGAGCGGAGGAACUCAAAGAGGCCUUAGGCCGACCGCCUCCUGUGAAUAGUAGCUAUCUUCCACUUCCUUGGAAAGGUCGCUUAGGAUAUGCUUGUCUAAAUACAUAUCUGCGCUACUCCAACCCUCCCGUCUUUUGCUCUCGUACCUGUCGCAUUGCCUCUAUCCUCGAAAAUCGACACCCACUACAAGAUCCCGACCAGCCUCCACAUCCUACCAAAAAUCGCCCAGAUCGCAAUCAACCGGCGGAUGUAGCACGUGGCCAGGCAUUUGUCGAAUCCCUGGGUCUAGCCAAUGCGCGCGACCUUGUCAAAAUAUUGCGUUGGAAUGAUAAAUAUGGGAUCAAGUUCAUGCGACUGAGCAGUGAGAUGUUCCCAUUUUGUAGUCACAAAGAGUACGGAUACAAAUUGGCCCCAUUCGCCUCAGACGUGCUAGCAGAUGCAGGCCGGGUGGUUGCAGAGCUUGGCCAUCGUGUCUCUGUUCAUCCAGGACAAUUCACCCAGCUAGGCUCUCCGAGGAGAGAGGUGGUGGAAAGCUCAUAUCGAGACCUCGAGUACCACUCGGAGAUGCUGCAACUGCUCAAGCUGCCACCCCAGCAGGACCGUGAUGCCAUCAUGAUUCUGCACAUGGGCGGAGUCUUCGGGGACAAGGGUGAAACGCUGGACCGGUUCCGUGCGAAUUAUGCGCCGCUGUCACAGGAUAUCAAGAACAGAUUGGUUCUGGAGAAUGACGACGUCAGUUGGACAGUACACGAUCUGCUCCCCAUCUGUGAAGAGCUAAAUAUCCCUUUGGUACUUGAUUACCAUCACCACAACAUCUUGUUUGACGCAAGCCAGGUCCGCGAGGGAACGGAAGAUAUCAUACCGCUCUACGACCGCAUUGCAGCCACCUGGUCGCGGAAGAAUAUCAACCAAAAAAUGCACUACUCUGAACCCACCGCCCCUGCUAUUACACCACGUCAGCGUCGCAAACACAGUGAUCGAGUCGCAACAUUACCUCCAUGUAUCCCUACGAUGGAUUUGAUGAUCGAGGCCAAGGAUAAAGAGCAGGCAGUGUUUGAAUUGAUGAGGACGUUCAAAUUACCUGGCUUUGAACUCGUUAACGACCUAAUACCUUACACACGAACUGACGAGAACAGACCCUUCAAGCCACCACGAAAAACCAAGAAUAACAGUGGCUUUGUUGACCUGGAAGGAUCUGUUCCACCAAUUCCCACAAUCUCGGAUGAUGAAGUCGGUAUGGGUGGCCCUGAUAGGAGAGUCUACUGGCCCCGAGGCAUGGAAGAGUGGCUCCGACCAGCCAAGAAGAUCGUGAAGGCCAAAUCAACACCCAGUCCAGCAAAGGGACGCGCGUCAAAGAAGAUCAAGAUCGAGCCCACUGAGCCUAACGGUACUGAAACGAGCAUUGCUCCGGACCCAUUGGUCAAGAAACCAGCUCGGGCGCCACGGACUCCGGUCAAGAAAAGGAAAGCCCCGAACAACGAGUCUACCCCGGAGUCGGAGGAGCUGAGCUCUAUACCUUCCGAGGCGCCUGUGCCUGUUUCAAAUCCUGUAUCUCGGCGAAGCGUUCGAGCUAAGAAGGUCAACUAUGUUGAAGAUAGUACAUAG